AUGGCUUGUGCAGCAUUAGCCACCGUCAAUUCACGUGAAAUUGUUUAUCGUGAAGAAAUCAUUCUCGAGAUUGUGGCUAAUGCAAAAAAACCAUAUCAAUCUUCAUCAGUGGUGAACUUGUCAGCUGCUUCGAUCUCUUCCCCGUUUGGUUUAACCAAAGAUCCACAAUCUUUGAAGGGUACUGUUUACACUACUCCAAAUGGUUUGAUUAAUUCAGCCAUCUAUGCUAAUGCUUCCAAGAUCUUUUCCUACAAAUCCAUUGGUCAUGAAAAUGCGUUGGAUAUUGGUUUGAAAUUGUGGUCAGUCCUACAAAGAAAAAACCCAAAUGGUGUUGUUCCAAACUUGUCAAGUUUUGAAGUUAGAUCCGGUGCUUCAAAUGCUGUUUUAGGUUAUCUUUCAGCUGCUUCUCAAGGUGGUAAAGACUCUAAUGGUGAAGUUUAUCCUGUUGUUGCUUCUGGUUCUGCUUUGCCAUAUUUCCAAGGUCAAUUAUCAAAAUUUACCAAUGAGAAAUUACCAUUAUCUUUCCAAAUUGCAGCUUUAGAUUAUGAUUCAGAAGCUAAUGCUUUAGUUCCAAACUAUGUUACUCCAUUAAGUGUUGCUAAUGCUUUGAACUACACUGUUUUCACUCCGCUUUCUGCUUCAGAAGCACAACCAUUAGCACUUUUAUCUUCAGUUUUCGCAAAUGUUUCACCUGCAGUCAACUUAUAUGAUGGUCCAACAUACUUGAAAGAAUCUUCAAGAAUCGAUAAUGUUUUGGAUUUUGAAACUUUGAGCUCAACUUAUAAUAAAUUGAAAACUGCUGUUUCUGGUUGGGAAUCCUUACCAUUUGUUAAAGGACCUAGUGCAGCAUUAUCAGCUUUAAAUUCUAUUUUGGGUACCGACUACAAACCUUUCGAAUAUUAUGGUCAUAAAGAUGCUACUAGUGUCUUUGUUGUUUAUGGUUCUGUCGAAUCUGAGUUAUUUGCAAAGGAAAUUUCAGAAUUAGCUUUGAAAAGUCAUUUGAAAAUUGGUGUUAUUGCAGUAAGAGUCCCUUUACCUUUUGAUGCUGAAGAAUUUGUCUCCGUUAUUCCUGAAUCUACUCAAUCAUUAAUUGUUAUUGGCCAAUCAUUAGAUAACAAGUCAUCAUUGUUGAAAACUAAUGUUGCUUCAACUAUUUUCUUCAAUGGAUUGGCAAAACAAGUCAAGGUUUCUGAAUUUAUUUACUCACCAUCAUUUAUUUGGUCUUCAAUUGCCGUUGAACAAAUCAUUGGAUCAUUUAUCGUCUUACCAAAGAAACAACCAAAUGUUCCAGCUAAUUUGGGUUCAUCUGUUCCUUAUGGUGAUUUUAUUUUCUGGUCAUUAGAUAAUGACAAAUUUGUUGAUGUUGCAUCCAAAAUUGCUCAUGCAUUUUCGUUAGACCAAGGUUCAAUCGUUAAAUUCAGAUCUAAAUUUGAUAACUUGAUUGCCGGUGGUGUUUAUCAAGCACAGAUUUCAUCAACUAAAUCAGAUUUUAAAUUGGAAUCUCCAACAGUUGGUGCAGUUGAUAGGGCAGAUUUGGUUGUUGUUGAAACUUUAGAAAUUUUGAAAAACUUGAAUGUUGUUAAAACUAUUAAACAAAAAGGUACCAUUGUUUUGGUUCAUCAAGAUUUACCAAAAGAUUUGCAAAGUUUUGUUGAUUCAUUACCUGUUCAAUUCCGUCGUAAUGUUGCCAAAAAUGAAAACAAAGUUGUUAUUGUUGACUUGGCUACUAUUGGAGAUUAUGCUCAAACCCAAGGCCGUACUGGAUUAAUUGCAAUUCAAUCAAUUUUCUGGAAAUAUUCUGCACCACAAUUGAACAUCAAUGACAUUGUUAGAAGGGUUUUACAUGCUUCGGGCUCAGACAUUGAGUUAUUACCAGCUGUUUUAGUUUCAAUUAUUACAGACAUUUUCGAAAAAGGUAUUAAAGAAGUUCAAUUUGAUCCAAAAUGGGCAGAGUUACCAAUUGAAGAAAAUGAGGUCACCUUACCAAUUUUCCCAACUGAAUCAUCAUUUGAACCAAAUCCAAGAUCAACACCAGAACCUGAACAACCUGAAGAAACUUCUUAUGUUGAAAUUGCAAAGAAAUUUGCAUUUGGUGAAGCUUAUGGAAUUGAUAACAAUUUAAGACCAGAUUUACCAGUUCGUAACUUUGUUGUUAAAGUUCAAGAAAAUCGUCGUGUCACUCCAAAUGAUUAUUCAAGAAACAUUUUCCAUAUCGAAUUCGAUAUUACAGGUACUGGAUUAACUUAUGAUAUCGGUGAGGCUUUAGGUAUCCAUGGUAGAAAUGAUCCAGAAGAAGUUUUAAGAUUUUUGGAAUUCUAUGGUUUAAAUCCUGAAGAAUUAGUUCAAGUUCCAAAUAGGGAUAAUUCUGAUAUUGUUGAAGUUAGAACUGUUUAUCAAGCCUUCACUGAAAACUUGGACUUGUUAGGUAAACCACCAAAAAGAUUUUAUGAAUCUUUAGCUGCAUUUGCAACUGAUGAAAAUGAAAAGAAGAAACUAGAAUUAGUUGCAUCAGCUGAAGGUGCUCCAGAAUUAAAGAAAUAUCAAGAUGAAGAAUUCUACAGUUUUUCAGACAUUCUGGAAUUAUUCCCAUCUGCUAAACCUUCAUUAACAGAAUUGUUAUCAAUUAUUCCACCAUUGAAAAGAAGAGAAUAUUCUAUUGCAUCAUCUCAAAAAAUGCAUCCAAAUGCUGUUCAUUUAUUGAUUGUUGUUGUUGAUUGGGUUGACAAUAGAAAACGUAAAAGAUUUGGUCAAUGUUCAAGAUAUUUAUCACAAUUAUCAAUUGGAUCUGAAUUAGUUGUUUCUGUCAAACCAUCUGUUAUGAAAUUACCACCAUUAUCAACUCAACCAAUUGUCAUGUCAGGUUUAGGUACUGGGUUAGCUCCAUUCAAAGCUUUUGUUGAAGAAAAAAUCUGGCAAAAACAACAAGGUUUGGAAAUUGGUGAAGUUUACUUGUACUUGGGUGCUAGACAUAGAAAAGAAGAAUAUUUGUAUGGUGAAUUAUGGGAAGCUUAUAAAGCUGCUGGUGUCAUUACCCAUAUUGGUGCUGCAUUCUCAAGAGAUCAACCUGAAAAGAUUUAUAUUCAAGAUCGUAUCAGACAAACUUUACCAGAGUUGAAAGAAGCCAUCAUCAAAAAGAAUGGUAGUUUCUAUUUAUGUGGUCCAACUUGGCCAGUUCCUGAUAUCACUGCUGCUUUAGAAGAUAUUGUUGCAGAAGAAGCAAAGGAAAGAGGUGUUGAAGUUGAUGCUGCUAGAGAAGUGGAAGAACUAAAAGAAACUUCUCGUUACAUUUUGGAAGUUUAUUAGAUAGAAAUGUUAUAGAACUACACUUUAUAAAAUUUAUAUUAUUAUCUUUUAUUAAAAACGUACGAA